AGGGCCGGCUCUGGCUGGCAGCGGGGCUCCGGCGAUGCGCGCUCUGGAGGGGCUGCUGCUGCUGCUGCUUUUGGGGGGAGUGCCCCCCCUGCUGGUCAGGGGCACCUCUUCGUUGCACACUCUCCACCUAUUUCCGGAUGGCCGUCUGGGAGCGUGGAAAGCAGACGCCCCAGUUCACCGCUUUGGCAUACGUGGACGACCAGCUCAUCGGCCGCUAUGACAGAGAUGCUCACCAGUGUGUGCCUCAGUCGUCCUGGAUACAGGAGAUCAGCCGUGACAACGCCGACUUCUGGGUCAAGAGCACCGGAUGGGACUUUGGCUCCAAUGUGGUCAUGGAUCUGAUGAUUCUGAAGGACCUUUACAAUCAGAGCAGGGGGAUUCACACUUUGCAGGUCAUUACUGGAUGCGAGCUGAGUGGAGACAAUCGUACCCCUAGAGGAUUCGCCCAGUACGGCUUCAACGGGAGGGACUUCCUCCACCUGGACUUUGCGACUCUCACCUGGACUGCGAUGGAUGCAGAGGCCAAGCCCGUCAAGAGGAAGUGGGAUUCAGAGCAGCACCGAGGAAAGCUCUUGCAGCAUUUCCUGGCUGGCACUUGCGUGGAGUGGCUGCACACACACCUGCGCUACGGGAAAGAGGCUUUGCUGAAGAUCGAACCACCAACGGUUCGCAUCACCCACAAGACGGGAUCAGAUGACCUGGGGACCCUCGUCUGCCAUCUCUAUGGUUUCUACCCUAAGGAGAUCGAUGUCACAUGGAGGAAGGACGGGGAAGUCUAUCACCAAGACACCUUCCGCGGGGGUGUCGUCCCCAACUCGGACGGUUCUUACAACACCUGGCUCAGCGUCGAGGUUGACCUCAAAGAGAGGAACCGUUAUUGGUGCCGGGUGGAACACAAUGGCCUGCCAGAGCCCCUGAUCUUGGCCUGGGAGGAGCCAGCCUCUGUGGCCAGAGUGAGGCUCAUUGUGGGAGUCGUUCUGGGGGCCGUGGCCGGUCUUGCGCUGGUGGGGGCCGUGAUCAUUUACAUCAAGAAAACGUCAAGGAAGCCGUUGCCGGGAGGCAGUGAAUGAGUGACCCCGCCCCCCUACACGAAAUAUCGACUGGACUCAAGGUGUGGGGGAUUUGCCUUUUGUGCUUAGGUCACAGGAAAGACCUUCACCCCGAAACCUUCGGAGCCGCAGUCAGGCUGAGACGGCUGUCUAUUCCUGUGCCUUUGGAAGACUUAAGUGUCCAGAGCAGGGGUGCCCAAACUUGCUUAAUUAUAAGAGCCUCGUAGAAUAAACAUCAGAUAUUUGAGAGCCGCAAGCCGUGAACGUCAGACGUCUGAGAGCCACAAGACGAAGGAAGGAA